CAAUCGCUGUUACCGCCAGCCGCCGCAGGCUGGCUGAGGAGUACUGCCCUUAUUUCUUCGCAACUUCUCUCUCAUGUCCCCAGUCUCCUGCAGUCACCUUCCCCCUGCAUUGACUUGACCUAUAAAACGUGGAGGGGCAUUCCUGUGAGAGGCUCGCACCGCGUCCGUGCGUCACAGGCCACUAGGCUCGGCCCCUCCCCUUUCCCGGACCGCCAGCGGAGGCCGGCCCCGCGCAUUAAGCCCUCCUCGGCCCCCUUAGCUCCCUCCGCCGUUGGGACGCGCUGCUCGGGGGCCAGGGCUGAGACUGCCGCUUCGCUGGACCGCAGCCCGCUUGUCUCAGCGCCGGCUCGGGACCCUGACCUCUGAGGUUCCCCGGCACCUGCUCUUUCAGCCUCACAUGGCAACAAAAACUUACAAGUCCUCCCAAGUAUCUGAUGAUGAACAAAGACAAAAAAAAGAAAAAAUUCGUUCUUUAUCUAUGUCUGGUCAUGUUGGUUUUGAGAGUUUGCCUGAUCAACUGGUCAAUAGAUCCAUUCAGCAAGGCUUCUGUUUUAAUAUUCUCUGUGUUGGGGAGACUGGAAUUGGAAAAUCAACGCUGAUUGAUACAUUGUUUAAUACUAAUUUUGAAGACCAUGAAUCCUCACAUUUUUACCCACAUGUUAGACUUAAAGGUCAGACAUAUGAACUCCAAGAAAGUAAUGUUCGAUUGAAAUUGACCAUUGUGAAUACAGUGGGAUUUGGUGACCAAAUAAACAAAGACAAGAGCUACCAGCCAAUAGUUGACUAUAUAGAUGCUCAGUUUGAGGCCUAUCUCCAAGAAGAACUAAAGAUUAAGCGUUCCCUCUUUAACUACCAUGAUUCUCGUAUCCACGUGUGCCUCUACUUCAUCUCACCAACAGGCCACUCGCUGAAGACACUCGAUCUCUUAACUAUGAAGAGCCUUGACAGCAAGGUGAACAUCAUACCAGUGAUUGCCAAAGCAGAUGCAAUUUCUAAAACUGAAUUACAGAGGUUUAAGAUCAAGCUCAUGAGUGAAUUGGUCAGCAAUGGUGUCCAGAUAUACCAGUUCCCAACAGAUGAUGAAACUAUUGCUAAAAUCAAUGCUUCAAUGAAUGGACACUUGCCAUUUGCUGUUGUAGGAAGUAUGGAUGAGGUAAAAGUUGGAAAUAAGAUGGUCAAAGCUCGUCAGUACCCUUGGGGUGUUGUACAAGUGGAAAAUGAAAACCACUGUGACUUUGUAAAGCUCCGGGAAAUGCUCAUUUGUACAAACAUGGAGGAUCUGCGAGAACAGACCCACACUAGGCAUUAUGAACUCUACAGGCGUUGCAAACUGGAGGAAAUGGGCUUUACUGAUGUGGGCCCAGAGAAUAAGCCACUCAGUCUUCAGGAGACCUAUGAAGCCAAACGACACGAAUUUUAUGGUGAACGUCAGAGGAAGGAAGAAGAAAUGAAACAGAUGUUUGUGCAGCGAGUAAAGGAGAAAGAAGCCACACUGAAAGAAGCAGAGAGAGAGCUACAGGCCAAAUUUGAGCACCUUAAAAGAGUUCACCACGAAGAGAGAAUGAAGCUGGAAGAAAAGAGAAGACUUUUGGAAGAAGAAAUAAUCUCUUUUUCUAAAAAGAAAGCUACCUCUGAGAUACACAUGAACCAAGCAUACAUGGCAGCGGGCGGCCACCUAAAGAAAGACAAGGACCGUAAGAACUCCAAUUUUAUGUAAAACAAAGGUUCCAGGUCACAGAAGGUCAUCACAAGCAAGAGUUAUUAAAAUGUUAGAAGUA